AUGGAUUCGGAAGAGGCUGCUGACCUGGGAGUGCAGCCCACCACCCCCUCUGCCCCCACCAUCACCAGCACCCCCACAGCCCCCACCAGCUGCAAGAAGAGCCGUAAGAAAAAGAAGAAGCAGGCUGAGGCCAGGGAAGCUCAGGAGGGAGGGGAGGAGGCGGCGGAGCGGGUGGGUGCGAUCGAGGGCCUCACACGAGCCGGGCACCGGGCGCUGGCUCUGGGCGCCGGGCGGGAGGCAGUGGGGUGCUUCAGGAAGGCCCUGCUCCUCUCUAGGGAUACAGCGAGUCCCCAGCUCCACCAGGCUUGUGCCUUCAACCUGGGGGCUGCCUAUGUGGAGACUGGGAAGCCCAAAAAGGGCCUCGAGUUCCUCCUCCAGUCCCAACCCUCAGAGGCGGAGAGCAGGGGCCACAGGGGGAGCCUUUAUUUCAGCGUCGGGGCGGCCCAUGAGGGGCUCCAGGACUUUCCAAAGGCUCUGGAACGUUUUGAGAAAGUCGCCGGGCAGGCCGGUGCUGCUGUGCAGGCUGGUGGCCGAGCAGGGACGUGCGUGCAGAUGGGCUGCUGCUACCUGGGCAUGCGGGAGCCGGCCCGGGCCGCGCGCUGCUUCCUGGCCGCGGCGAGGGCCUUCGCGGUGGCCGAGAGCCCCGAGGCCGCGGCCGUGGCUCUGAGCAGGGCGGGCGGCUCCAUGCUGCAGAGCCGGCGGUUCCGGGCGGCGGAGAUCGCCAGGGUCCUCGCCCAGUGCCGCUCACUCUGCGAGACCAUCCCCGACCCGGCCCUGCGAGGGAAACUCUACAACGACAUCGGCCUCGGCUACUCUCAGCUCCACAUCUUCUCCCUGGCUGCCGAGAGCUUUGAGCGGGCCCUAGGGCUGUGCGGGGGGGAGCCGGAGCGGCGGCAGGAGGCCGCGCUGCUGCAGAACCUGGGCGCUGCUCACAACGCGCUGCGCAGCUUCGGCUCGGCGCUGGGCUGGCACCGGCGGGCGGCCGCGCUGCACGGUGCUCUGGGGAACCGGAGGGCUCAGGGGCAGUGCUUUGGGAACCUGGCCUAUGCCUGCAGCCAGCUCGGGAACCACGGGGCUGCCGCGGAGAGCUACCUUCACGCCCUGCAAGCCUUCCGGGACUCGGGGGACUUGCAGGGGCAGUGGCAAGCGUGCGAGGGGCUGGGCGCAGCAUGCCUCCACUUGGGAGACCCCCAGAAAGCCAUCGGGCACUAUCAAGAGGCCCUGAUUUUGCUUUCCCACUGUCGGGACAGCCCCAGAGCUGACCACAAACGGGUCGUGCACAAGCUCACGGAUGCCAUCCAGCACCGACUCCGCUUCAGCCACCUCUCAUACCAGGGGGGCUGGGCACCCACCCCGGCGCUGGAGCCCAGCCAGCUGAGGUUUUGUUCCACACUGCCCCAUGCCAGUAGGACACAACUCCAGGGCAGGAAGGUGGGGAAAGCCCAGGCUGAGGACAAGCUGUAUAUGUACACGCCAGGAGCACAUCCCAGGUAUUCAGGCACAAGAGUGGCUCUGACUGGUGAUCUCGCAUUGGAGCCCUGUAAUCCACAUGGCCUCCUGGGCACCUCUGGGGAGGAUGACGAUGGUCCCAGCUCAGCUCCAGGGUAUCACAGUGAGCCCCAGGCUAACAGGAAGAGGACCACCAGCCCCCUGAAGGCAGCCAAGCUGCCCCACGCUGGCCUCUGGCUACAGAAGUACCACAUCCAACCAGAAAUGCGGCUCUCUAGUGAGCCCAGGCCUCAGGGCGUCACAACACAUUCCACAGGGCAUCAAAACUGCCAAGUCCUCCAUCCAAGGCCUCCAAAGAGCCUGAAUGAUGACCCCACUGUCACUGCUACCGGCUGCUGGUCCCGCCGGAGACCUCGCACGGCGACCAGGACUCUGUCCCUCGUCUGCAGCCUCGUGUGA